AUGGCAAUGGUAAAUAACGAAACACACUGUUUUAUAUGUAAUGAAGAAAAAAUAACAUUUCCUUGCGAAGGAUGCUCAAAAGAAUUUUGUUCAGUUCAUUUAACAGAACAUCAACAAAUAUUAAAUGAAUUAAAUCAUAUUGUUAUCAAUUAUAAUGAACUUAAAGAAAGAAUCAGUAAACAAAAACAAAAUCCAAUCGAUCAUUCGUUAAUCGAACAAAUUAAUCAAUGGCAAAUAGAUUCUAUUGAAAAAAUUAAACAAAAAGCACACGAGUACAAAGAAAUCCUUAUUGAAUCAUCACAAACAUGUAUUACUGAUACUGAAAUGAAAUUUAAUAGCUUGAAUGAACAAAUGAAACAAAUUCAUCAAGAAAAUGAAUUGAAUGAAAUUAAUUUAGAAUAUUUAAGAAAUCAAUUGUUGAAAAUGAGACAACAAUUAAAUAAAUCAUCAAAGGUUUUUAUUCAAGAAAAUUCACAAUCGUUUAUUAAUGAUGUUUCAUUUAUUUUAUUAAAACCAAAAUUCAACAAAUGGAAACAAAAUGCCAUCACUGUAGCUGGUGGAAAUGGACGAGGAGAAAAAACGAAUCAACUAAAGUACCCUCACGGAAUCUUUAUUGAUGAAAACAAAAAUAUUUUCAUUGCUGAUUGCGCUAAUCAUCGUAUUGUUGAAUGGAAAUAUAAUGCAAAUGAAGGACAAAUCAUUGCAGGUGGAAAUGGCCCAGGAAAUCAAAUGAAUCAAUUAAAUCAACCUACAGAUGUGAUUGUUGAACAAAAAAAUCAUUCGAUCAUCAUUGCUGAUGCAAGGAACAGACGAGUGAUUCAAUGGUUGAAUCAAACUCAACAAAUUCUCAUUGACAAUAUUGACUGUUUUGGUUUAGCAAUUGAUAAAAAAGGAUUUCUUUAUGUUUCUGAUAUUGUGAAGAAUGAAGUAAGACGAUGGAAAAUGGGGGAAUAUAACAAUGAAGGAAUUGUAGUGCCAGGUGGAAAUGAAAAUGGAAGUCAACUCAAUCAACUCAAUUCUCCUGGUUUAAUCUUUGUUGAUGAAGAUCAAUCUGUUUAUGUGACAGAUAACAGGAAUCAUCGUGUAAUGAAAUGGAGAAAAGAUGCAACAGAAGGAAGAAUUGUAGCUGGAGAAAAAGGUAGAGGAAGAGAUCUCAAUCAAUUGUUUUAUCCUGAAGGGGUCAUUGUUGACGAUUUGGGUCAAAUCUAUGUGGCAGAUGGUGUGAAUAAUCGAGUAAUUCGUUGUUAUGAAGGAAAAGAAGAAGGCGAAAUUGUUGUUGGCGGAAAUGGUUCCGGAAGUCAACCGAAUCAAUUGACAAAUCCCUCUAGUUUAUCUUUUGAUGAUGAGGGAAAUCUUUAUGUUGCUGAUUUUUUGAAUUAUCGAAUUGAAAAAUUUGAAAUAAUAUUGUGA